GAUAAUAAAUCAGGGUCUCACUCAGGCGCACCACGCAAGAUCACUAAAGAGGAACGAGAUCGGCUUAUUGAUCUGAUAAUUUUACACCCUCUUAUGAAAUAUAAGGUACUUAUGAAUGAGGUUGAUAAGGAUAUUCAUCGCACCACUCCUGGGAGAUUAUUUCAAUGUAUGGAUAUGCGCAAAUGA